CGUCACAACAUAUGUGUCGCACUGAGUGUAGGGGUGUGUGAGUGGAGUGAGUAGUGUUUGCCUCAAAUCACACCCUAUUCUCCAUUCAAUGCAUACUUUAAUUCAAUUCAUUUGAUUUGAUUGAUUGUGUGAAGCAUUCAAACAAUCCGUUUGCCACUCAUUUCCACUCAUUCACCGAAACAGCCGUUGAAUUGAGUGUCAAAUACAGGCAAACCGUUUGCAUUAGUAAACCAUUAGUCCGUUGCAUAUAUAGUGUCUCCGAAGACAUCACACAAAUCGCGAGCAAUGGACGACUUAGAGGACGACUGCAACUCAAACGGUGGCGACAAUUGGAUCCCAAACCAGAAGUACACCAAUUGGGAGAUGGAGUGCAUCAACAGAUUGGAGACAUCACCCGAUUUGGACCAACAGAUCGAAGUGGAAAAGGGAGGCAAUGCACACAAACUGUGGGUUUCCUUCCAGACGGCCGCCUGUAGUAUCGCUCAACUCUAUCAGGGUCGUGAGCAGCAGUUGUCCGUAUGGGUGCCCUUCCAAAACGCCGCGUCCGCCGUCACCACUCUCUACAAGGAUUGCAUUGAAUCUCAGAAACGCUUUUCAGAGUUUGGUUUCCAAUGCGGACAACAGAAGCGAAACAAAGAGCUGUUGUCGUGGAUCAAGAAGCGGAAGCGUCUGAUCCGUCGCGAAGAGCUGAUUGCGUUCCUGUCGGGCGCCACCCCUCAGAGCCAAUACGGGCACCCAUUCCACCACCACUUCCAUCACUCGCACCACCGCUCGUGGAAUCCGCCGAAGCCUCGCCUCUCGAUGAGCGACAGCACCGGACGCUCGGCUUUCACGCGACUCUCACUCAACGACGGCUUAACUGACGGCAACUGCAACUCAAACCUAAACACCGAUACCUCUAAUAACGACGAAACGGAUUUGGAGACAUUUCGCGAAGCACUCGAAGGUCUGAAAGGGAGCGCAUCCCCGCAGUCAUCCGAUCGCAACAGUUAUCGUCAGACGAGUAGUCGUCCGCUAAUCCGUGUCUCAAAUAAUAGCAAUAAUUCUCUCGAAGAGUUAAACGCUUUCAUAUCGGAGGAGUACAACCGACACGUGGAGUCCCGCAAACGGGUACUGGAGUCGUCCGGCGACGUGACUAUGGACUCACCCACUCAUAAGCGCUCAAAACACACAUAAUAGUACUAAUGGUUAUUGAAUUGAAUUGAAAUGAGACACAAAAAUCUUAUGUUUAAAGCAAUUAAUUGUUUACCUUUUUUUAGUUCUCACAUAUCAGUUAUGGCUUUGAGUUUGAAUUUAUUAAUUAGUUCUUUGAUUUGAUUCACUAAUUUAAAGCCAAUAAUUGUAAUAAUAUUUGUUUUAUUAUGCGAUGAAAAAAUCAGUUGAUAUUUAGUUACGGAAUCUUUAACUCUUUGACAAUAAAUGUAAGUAUUUGUACAUAAAUUUACCACAAAUUUUCCCAAAUAUUUAAUAAUUGUUAUAAUAAUCGGCUCCUUAUGUUAAACGAUUUCUCGAUGAAUUUCUCUCAAAAACUGCUCCCUUUUUCUCUCUAUAUAUAGUUAUCGUCUCAUAAC